CGUCGCCGUCCGUGUUCAAAGCUCCGCAGCACGUGCUCGCUGCGCUCUCGGCUUCCGCGAGGUCUGCGCGCUCGCUUCCGCGCCGCCGGCACCGCGCUCCGCACGCGCCGCACAUCUCGGGCGCGCGCUGGUGCCUCCACAGGCGCCUCGUCUCGCUCGGCCCCAGCCAACGCGCGCCGCCAGGUAUCGCGACGCCGCCCUCAAGUUCUGCAGGAAGUCACAUGUGCGGUGGUCUGGACAAGCGUCUCCGCAAACCUCUCCAUUCGACGCAGCUGCGUCUGGAAAUGCUCACUUCUGGUUUGAAACUAGUCGAGGUGUCAAGGUAGCGCCAAUAGAUGCCCGCGAUGCCGAGAGGAAGGUCCUUGUGCAUAGCCUUUCUGCUGCUGCUGGCAGUGGCAGCUGCCGAAGAACCACGGGAUCGGCCACUGGGUGGCGUUGAAAGGCUGGCACGAGGCCUUCAGAAGAGAGUGCACUGCACGGGUCUCUCGGCCUUCGAGUGCGUACAGUGCCUGUCUCCCAGCAGCAUGGCUCAUCUACCUAACGGGAACGACACAAAUGAAGGCGCCGGCGACCGACAGCGCGAGCGAAUGAGCGUUCUCCUGCUGGAGCGACUGUCGGACAUGCGCCAGCCGUGCAACGUCGGACGGUGUGGCUCGUACGAGCAAUGCCGAGCGGCCCUGCAACUGGCUCCACCUGGCCGGCUUUCCCGCCUAGAGGACAUACUGCGACGCGUCAAGGCCGUCUACGUGCCCACCAGCAGACACAAGUGCUUUACUGCAGAGGACGUACUCAACGGCUUAGUGCCCUACGAGAAGAACGAGGAGACGUACGUCGAAAAAGUAGCUACUUCAGUCAUCACCCAUCUUUCACAGGGUCACUGUAUCGAGGUUGGCGACGCCGUGACAGAUUUUCUUGAAGAUCUGUUCAGGCGGUAUGGCGACAACACGUCUGAAGUAAUGACACAACAAGGUCUAGAGAGGCUGCUGAAAAAAUUACGCCUAGCAUCAGAAGAUAUUGCUUAUGGUCACAAGCACAAACAUGCGCAUAGCGAAGAUCACGAUCACAGUGACCACGACCAUGACUACGAAAAUGACCAUGAAAACCAUGAUCACGACUACGAUCACGAGGACGGACACGACCACAAUCAUGAACACGACCAUGGUCAUGACCACGAUCACAAUCAAGACCAUGACCAUGACCACAACCGCGACCAUAAUCAUGAUAACGACCAUGAGCACGAACAUGAGCAUGAACAUGAUCAUGAUCACGCUGACGGUCACGAGCACGACGAACACCGUCACCAUGGGCACGCUGAUCAUCACAAACAUCAAGAGAAGCACCACAGGAAUACUACCACAAUGGAACAAACGUCAACGCCGCCAGCGUCAGUCACUCCCACGGAUAGUCAUACCCAUAGUACCACUGAGUACAGUGAAGCCAGCCACGAACGGCCCCAAACUAAAGUUCACCACCACCUUCAAGAUGGCCAUAAUGACCACGAACAUGACGAUGAAGCGAGCACUCGUAAUCGGCGUGCCACAGUGCUGUCAUCCCGAAGCCAACACGCAGUGCAUCCUGGUUCAAACGUCGUGGGCAGGCGACGACGCGGUGUUCCCCCAGUUCCGGACCAUGACAUCCACAAUCACAACAGCUCUGCUUCCAAAUGUUGGACCCCACGAGAACUGAUUCGGCAAUUUGGGUUCUCUGAAAAUGGCACCAUUAGCAGACACGAGUUUUUCCAUCUGUGUCCGGCGCUAAUCCAGCAGGCUGUCAGUGAUGUCUGCCUCCAAACUACUAUCGAUGAGCGCAAACCUACUACAGCUGAAUUGUAUGGCUACGGGACCCUGUCGGUGUUCAUCAUCAGCCUGUGCUCGCUGAUGGGAGUGCUGCUUCUGCCAUGCCUGGCUCGCCGCGCCUACUACUACAUCAUGAUGGGUUUCAUUGGCCUCUCUUUCGGCACCAUGACUGGAGACGCGUUUCUACAUCUAAUACCACAGGUACUUGGUCUACACAGCCACGACACGGACCAUGGAGCGGGAGGUCACUCACACGCACAUAGCCACGACCACGACAGCCUGGUUCCAGAGUACAUGUGGAAGCAGUUAGGCCUCGUCGGGGCCUUAUACGGCCUGUUCAUCUUUGAGGCCUUGAGCACCAUAUUUUGUGGUGAACAGAGUGAUGGUCAUGGGCAUAGUCACCUCCCCAAGAACAUUCCUGAGGAUCUUCACAUGACAAAAGUGUCAUCGAAGACGGAGUCCAGCGUUGAACUGGCGCACUGCUCGAGCACACCAUCGUUAGCACUUGAAGAGAAUGCACAAGUUCCGGUGCUCAAGUCACGAGCACUUUGUUGUGGUAUGUCGACGCUGGCAACAAUGGUGAUCAUCGGCGGCGCCAUCCACAACGUUGCUGAUGGCUUGGCUAUUGGCGCUGCUUUUUCUUCGGGCCUAAAGAGUGGUCUCUCCACAUCCCUCGCCGUAUUCUGCCAUGAACUGCCACACGAGUUUGGCGACUUCGUGGUGCUCAUCUCGACCGGGCUGGGCUACCGCCGCGCACUGCUACUCAACUUCUUGUCCGCGUUGGCGGCGUUCGCUGGUCUCUACGCAGGAUUCUUGUUGGGUGAAGAGGUAGCUGCACGAGACUGGAUCCUCACCGUCACCGCGGGCAUCUUCCUCUAUGUAGCACUCGUAGACAUGCUGCCCGAGCUGAAGCAGUACAAAGGGAAGAGUCCUUUUAAGAUGUUCAUAGUCAAAAACAUUGGAGUGCUGGCCGGCGUCGGAAUUAUGUGUGUGAUUGCCAUAUACGAAGACCAGCUCAACAUUUAACCAUGCAAAGUGCACUCUUUGUUGCGUUGGCUAAGAGUACUUCGCCGACGCGCCCUCUUCAAGAAGCCUGUGUUUGUGGCAUGACAAAUGUGAACUUCUUAGUGCUGUGACUCUCUGCAGUGGACGUUUUGGCGAAGUGUGUCACAGCUGCUCACGGUACCAUGUUUUACAGGCUAUCCUGGCACGGGCUUCAUUCCAUGAGUCGCUUACAGAACUUUUACAGUGUUGUUGCAAGCGUAAUCAUCCAUUUUAGCAACCAUUUUUCACCUUGUUGCUCAACAUCUCAGGCAGCAUGACUCAUUUUUACUGACAUCUAUAAACGUACAAUUCUUUACAUGGCUUUUGUCUAAAUAGAAAACUCACAACAGUGCAAUACCGUUAUGCAGUCGUGCCUUCAUUUGCACACUUAACUGAAUCAACCUCUUGAUUAUUUGUGGUGGUUUUGUCUACCAAAAAAGAAAAAAAAAGGUAUAACAGAAAUUAAUGCACUCUACAGCUGGAAAUAAUCUGAGGCUGCAGGUUGUGUCUGAGAGGGUUAUCCUUUUUGAUUGCUAAGACAGAGGAUAGGUGCCAAAUAGAAACACAAGAAGAAAAAAAAACUGAAGAGUUCAAAAAUUACGUUUGUAUGAAAAACAAACCUCACUCUUAUUGCAAAACGAGGGAGACUUGUUCCACCACGUUCGUUCCUGCAUGCCACAAGGAUUCGGCAAGCAGACAAUAGUGUUGACAGCAGGGCAACUCGGAGGUUUAUGAGUAAGUGCUGCAAAGCCAAGUAUGUGUGAUAAUAUAAAGUAGCGCUGGUUGUAUUAUUACAGUACAAGGAUGGUACACUUUCUUGAUCCUUCGUGUAUGACGUAGCAGGAGCAAGAGCUAACGAAGCUUUCGUUUUCAUUAUACCGGGUAUAUUCGUGUGAUGGGUGCUAUUGCAACGCAUCAGCAUAAUUUUGCUUUCUGCAUGGCUAGGCCAUUUAUGAUGCCUAAUAGGUAUGUAUAGAAUAGAGCAGUGCUGAAAGGGGCUUAAAUUUUGAGCUUGUAUCAUUGCUUUGCCUAUUUCGCGUAAAAGGUUGGCGAAAGUAUUAGUAUGGCGGCGCGGCUUUACGUGAAUAGCGGUGAGCACAUACAGCGCCAGCGCUUGGCUGCUUUUCCCAGUGCGCUGCGGUAUUGCUCGGAACGACGAGCUUGUUAUAAGGCGCCCGCUGUGUUAACUUAAACGGUUUUUCUUCUUAUAAAAGGCCGUUAUAGCGCUGAGCACUGUCAGCACUUGGGUACUUUCGCGAGCGCAUGUAAUGGUGCUCAGAAAGACGAACUUGUUAUAAGCACCAGCAAGAGUAACUUAGACCAGGUUUGUUCUUACAAGGCCGUUAAAGCGCUGAUCACAUUCAGUGGUUGAGUGCAUUCCCGAAUACGCUGCAGCUGUGCUAAGGAAGACAAACUUGUUGUAAGGAACGUGCAAGGGUAACCCAAACGAUAUUUGUUCUUACCAAUUCGUUCUGCACAUCGUUAGUGCUUUGGGGGGUCGUUAAAGGUAAAAGCACUGCAGCUCACGCCGUUUCAGUACGAUGUGCAUGCCCUAUUUUUGUAUGCUUUUUUAACAUCCUUGGUACUCCUCGCGAAAUAAUUUAGUUGUUCUAGGGAAAUCACUAUAUUCUUCUUUUUGGAAAUAUCACUUACCAAUAAAACUGGAAGGCGGGCUAGUUGGUAUGACUGCACUGUGGAAAGUCUUGCACGCACUCAACGAACGCAACGAAAGAAGGACACAAGGACAAGCGCAGUGUGGGCUUUGUGUCCUUUUCUUGUCGUCUUCCUUCAGUGUGCGAAAAACUUUCCACAAUGAUCACGUACCAGACGCCAGAAAUAUGAUCAUCUGUUCAUAAAUGCGUAGUAGGGAGCGAAGCGCAAUCUACUAGUCAGCUCUUGAUUGAAAGAGCACCCUGCAGCUACCUAUACUACCUAUACGUGCAUUGAGCAGGUUCGUAUUUGAGGGUGGCCCAAAACAUGCCGUUACUAAAGCAACACGUGGCCCUGAGUUUCGCGGUCACAUUCUUUCACAAAAAUAUUAUGUAAACAUUGGUUUAUUAAAGCAAGUUAGAAUUUUAUCUCUUCGUUACUUCUUUAAUUCGUUUUUUUUCGAUUGCUUAAGCUGCUCUAAAUGUUUCUUGGGCAAGACUGGUUUUAUUGCAUCAAAACGUACUGCUUGCCAGAUGAAUAAUGAAGGGAAUCAUACUGGGACACAUUACCAUUCAGUGUGCUUCAUAUUUUACGACAACAGCUUUACAGCUCACGUCAGAAGUUGCACUAUAAUUGUAUUCACGAAUUUCCCUUCACAUUAUGAAGAAUUACGAAAUAUCACCGAGUCAAUUUCAAUUUUUUCUUAAAGCAAUCGAUGACGUGCUUAAUCUCCUUGGUAAUUCACGUUUAUUGUGUAAUCCGCUACCAUAUAUGCUGCAGCUUUCUAUACAUUGCGCAUGACUGCUUUUGGUGCUUGCCAAUAUGACGUCGACGCAAAUAUGCUGCAAAUAGUUUGUUCACUGGUUUCAGACUAAUAAAUAUAAAUUUAUUGCAGCUUUAAAUACUUAUAACGAUUGCACAAUUAACAAAAAGGUUGUUCACGAGCAAAAAAUUUGGAGAUACGGCGUUUUUUAGGUAUUCUAGUAGGUUUCUAUCACACGCAAUGCAACGAGAAAUGUUUAGGCCAGCGAAAUACGCUUUGUGUAAGUCAAAGUAUUCACUGUGUAUAUAUCAUGAAUGUUUGUAUUUAGGCUUCUUGCUCAUCUGUUUGCGAAUGAAUCCAGUAUUGUACUUAAGCACAUUGAGAAUGAUCUAUUUUUAUUCUAUACUUGCAAAAUAUGGUUACGAGAAAUGUGAUAGUUCUGUUCAUGUUAGCAUUAAUUUUUUUCGUUUGCAUGGGACCACAAAGAUCACAAAUGUCAAUAAAUUUUUGUUUGAUAGAAAGUGA